UCAGCAUUCUGCAUUCAUUUCAAAAGUAAUUGAAUAGAGCAACUAGCCAAAGAAUCAAAAUAAAAUUUUACAUUACUUUCAUUACGUUGGUAAAGCCCCAAAAGAACCACCUUUUAUUUGUCAUGUAGAGUAUGCAAUAUAUAUACAGAUAUUUUUAUAGUCACAUUUAAUAUCGAUAAAAAUGAAAUAACUUACCUAUGAAGCAAAGUAAAAGUAGUGGACACUUCCCAUUUCUCAAGUGAUGGCGGAUCGGAUGUUCCGGCUUCACACAAAACAAAUUCGCUUCACCCUUCCCGACCUCUACAGUUUUUAAAUAUGGCGUUUCAAAAAGUGAUUUUUUUUAGAAGUUGUUUUUUAACACAUAUUGUAUGUGUUUUCAGUCGACUUAUAACUGCCUGAUUUUUAUUUAAAGCUAUACACACAAAAGUUUAUCAUGUUGAGUUCCUAACCUCAGAUCUCAAAAAAUGCAAUUUCCUCCAGAUUUUGUUUGUACUGAAUGCAGUCAUGAAUUUGAUUCGGCAGCAUCAUUACUGCAACAUUUUGCAAGGCAUGUUAUUCUAUAUGAAUCAGAGUUUGAAAAUGACAAAAGUAGUGACUCUGGAAUUGAAGAUGUUAAUCCUCUAAAAUUCUGCUCAGUUACAAUAGAUGAAAAUCAAGAGUCCAAUGGAGAGAUUUAUGAUAACAUAUUCUAUCCCCUAACUCAAAUCAAUAAACCUGAGCCAUGUUUAAUGAAAAAACAUCAGUGCUCUUUUUGUCACAAAAAAUUUGGUUGGCCCACAGAUUUGAAACGACACAUUAUGAUACAUACAGGUGAACGUCCUUUUAAAUGUAACCAUUGUAAUUCGUCCUUCACUAGAAAUUUCCUGCUUCUGAAACACCAAAGAAAAAUACAUUUUGAUGAAAUUAAACUGAAAAUUCCAGAUCUCAAACCUAUUGGAACUGUUGAAGGCAGUAGCAAAACCUAUGAAAAUUCUCAUUUUUCUAGAUAAUCCUUAAGUUUCUUAUGUAUUAAGCCAAAACACUUGAGUUCUAUGUGCACAGUUAUUAAUUAAGAUACAUUAGUUCUACAGGAAGAGCAGUUCAUAAUCAUAGACGCAUGAUGAAGUUUUGCAAAAUGAAAAACAAAUAAUUGGAUCCAUAUGACCCCAUGUUAAAUUUUCCAAAUCAAUAAUAAUCCACAUACCCCAUUUUUGAAUACACUCAUUUGAGUAAGAUUUAUUAUUUAGUAUUUCCUUACAGUAAAAAGUAAACUUCAAUAGAAAAUUUAUUUCUGGUAUCUUCAAAAGUACAGCUUGUCAAAUCUAGGAAGAGAAUUCUCUCUCUUAUGCUCUCAUAGUCUUCUAUCGAAUGCACAUCUAGUGGGGAGACCAUAAAGGAAUUCAGAAAGCUCUUCCUACAUUUGUCAAACUGUACCAGUCAACAUAUGUAAAUCUUCGUCAUAUAAUGUCUACUUGUGAUGCACUGUUUGGAACCUUUGGUCUAGUAAUGAAUAUUACUGAAGUUCUAUC